ACAGAAGCAGUAGUAUAGAUAUAUAUAUAUAUAUACAGUAAAAUAAGCAGUAGCGUCAGCGUCUUUUAUCACAGUGACAGCAGACUGGCUGGAUUGGGUUUGGGUUUGAUUUUAGCUGUUGGCUGGAAAAAAUUUGUGUUUUCGUGAUAUCUUGUUGCGUGGAGUAUAAUAUAUCACCAGAUAUAAUUUUUUACUUAUUUAUUUUUAAAAACUUAAAUAUAGUUAAUAAUUAUAUCUGUUAAAAUGACGUCUCGAUUAGAAAAGGAGCGAAUUAAACAAAUUCAGGAUAAGUGUCAGGAUCUUCUUACACAAAUGCUACGCGACGAAGACAAUAAGUAUUGUGUAGAUUGCGAUGCUAAAGGACCAAGAUGGGCCAGUUGGAAUCUUGGAAUAUUUCUUUGUAUCAGAUGUGCUGGUAUACAUCGAAAUCUUGGAGUCCACAUUAGCAAAGUUAAAUCAGUCAAUUUGGAUACUUGGACACCGGAACAAGUUGUGAGUCUUCAACAAAUGGGAAAUUCUCGUGCACGUGCUGUAUAUGAAGCCAAUUUACCAGAUACUUUUAGACGUCCUCAAACUGAUUGUAGUCUUGAAAGUUUUAUUCGAGCUAAAUAUGAACAUAAAAAAUAUAUUGCACGUGAAUGGGUACCACCGACAAUGCCUAAAGUUAAUUGGGACAAAGAAUUAGAUGAAGAAGCUGAAAAACAACGAAGGCGAAAAAAAUCAUCUAUUAAAACUAAUGCUGAUCAAAAUCCAUUGCCAUUAGUUAAAAAACCGGAAGUUAUGCCGCAAUUGCCAAAGCCCGGUAGCUCAAUCAGUCCGAAACCUCCUUUAAAGACACCAUCUAAUAGCACACCAACUCUUGAUUUAUUAGGACUUGAUAGUCUAUCUGCUAAAACGACAAAUAAUUCAAAUAAUUCAGGUGAUGACAUAUUCUCUUCAUUUUUGUCUGCAACACCUCUCACAUCUUCAUUAAAAGCCGAAAAUAUUGUUAAUGAAAAUACUUUGAGUAAUAAUGAAGCAAGUAAAGCUGAUGAAGAAAGUUUUUUCAAUCAACCGGCACCAACACAAGAAGAAAAAAGUAAAAUGACCAAGGACAGUAUUCUUGCUCUCUAUGGUACUCAGCAAACUCCACAACAUCAACAACAACAACAACAACAACCUGUUUAUGGUCUUUCUAGUGGAAUUUACACCCAACAAACGCCUGGAAUACAACAAUUCUCUCAAUCACUCUCAGGUGUUGGAGUGUUUGGCCAACAAAAUAAUUUAGUUGGUCAACAACAACAACAACAACAACAGCAACCAUUGCAACAACAAAUACAGCAGCAGCAGCAAAACUUAGUAAUGGCUCCUUUGAUACAACAUAGCGUCAUGUCUCCACAACACGGUAUUGCAAUCACUAAUCAUCACAUUAAUUUAGCAACGAAUCCCAUAGGGCUCGUAGCAGCCACUAAUCAAUUGGGAGGCGGAUUACAAAUGGCUCCAAUUAAUCAAAUAGCUAAUUUAUCAAACCCAACGAUGCUUGUGCAAACACAAAUGGGUGACAGUAAUGUUGUGCCUGUUAUGAAUAAACAGAUGGUUCAAAUGGGACCAGCUAAUAUUAUAAGUAAUAAUGGAUGGAGUAACAUGUUAACAACACAAAAUAUUCAGCCAUCACCAGGAAGUAACCCAUUCUUUAAUUUAUCUAACCAAGCUUCUACGAAUAAUACUUUUCCAUCACAGUUGUCUCAGCAGAUGUCUCAAAUGUCCUUGGGUGGAUUGGUAGGGAAAGCAGCACCUGCUACACUCCCUGGUCAAACUCUCUCAACCAACUUGUGGCAGUAACGAUUUAUGUAAUUAAAUUCGGCUUGUUAAUUGAUUCAAUCUUAUAAAAUUGUAUUAAAGAAAAAAAAAAAAAAAAAAAAACGUUGAUACAUUUUAUUGAACUUGAUGUAUAAUUUUGAUUAAAAAAUAAUAAAUUUUAAUUGCAUGUUAAUAUUUUAAUAUGCGACAAAUAAAAAAUUAUAAAUAUUCAACGAUGUCAAUAAAAUAUUUUUCUGUUUUUAUUUGAAAUUUUAACAAGUGCACAAUUAAUGCAAAAUUAUAAUAGAUAAAAAUUAUCCAACAAAAAAAGCUUAAUUAAUUUUUAUUUAAAUUUAGAUAAUUUUUUGUUUGAACUAUAUAAAUAUAUGUAAAAUAAUGAAUAUGUUAUUUAAGAUAUUAAAAAAAUAUAUAUAAGCUUACGAUGACACAGCUGUGUCUCUAGGGAACUUGAAAUUUUUGAUUGACAGGAAAAAAAAAAUUUUCUCACCUCCGGGCGGAAAGCGUCAACUUUCGUCCCGCUGUGCAAAACGAAGUUGCCGCUUCCCGCCUCCGUCGAGGAGAAAAAUAGUAUACACUCCUCGGGAAGUAAAUAAGAAAGCCUCAGAUCACAUGUUUGUUGACCUCGGCUUCGCCUCGGCCAACAAUUACAUGUGAUCUGAGACAUUUCUUACUUUACUUCCCUCGGUGUGUAAUAUACUAUUAUAUAUAUAUAAUUAUUAUCUGAGUGAAUAGUGAAACAAAAAAAAAAUCCCCAUCACUGCUAUAAACAAAAGGCUAUUUCGCGCUAUACUUAAUAAUGUAAAUAUUUAAUGCGAUUAUAGCAAAUAAAUAUUUAAAUAAUAUUUUAUUACGAGCGUGAAUUAUGUGUUAAGAUAAUCCGCCUUACUAUACGUCAUCAUUUCAGACAAUGAUAU